AUUUUCUUUUGAAGUCGUCCUUGGAGUUUUGUGUUCCGAUCCGAUUUCAUCCGUUUCGUUACUCGGAAUUGUGAAAAUUUUCAUUAUCACUUGAGAAUAUUGUGCUGAAGCCAUGGCGGCAAGUCAACAUUACUUUAUGAAAUGGAAUAAUUACCAGUCGCACAUCUCGAAUAUAUUUCUUCAACUUUAUCAGACAGAAACUCUAGUGGAUGUCACGGUUUGUGCUGAUGGCGUCAAACUCCAGGCCCAUCGAGUCAUUCUAUCAGCUUGCAGUCCAUACUUUCAGGAUAUUCUUGCAGAUGCUGGACCCAAUCCAAUAUUACUUCUGCAUGAUAUCAGUUCAAGCGACAUGAAAUCCAUUUUAGAUUUUAUUUACCGAGGUGAACUCAAUGUGGCAUCUCAUCGCACAUCAAGUCUUCUGAGAGCAGCAAAUAGUCUGCAAAUAUCUGGAUUAAUGGAGGUUAGCAAGCAUUUACCAGAUCUUGAAGCAGAGAAGGAGAACGUCAGUAAACCUAAUGGGAACAACCAAGGAGAAAAUUUAGAUAAUUUCUUCGAUAUGAAUGCUAUGAAAACUGAAGACCAAGAAGCUGACACAUCUACUCAAAUGGAAGUGGUAGAAAUUUACACAGACGUAAACGAACAAUCAAACUUGUCCAACCCGCCUCCAGAAGGCGAUGUCCAGAUAGUCAUCAACACUGAUUCAGACAUGAUCCGUGAGGCGAAAAAGAAACGUGCAGAAACAAAGAAAGAGUAUUCGGAACAACUCCUGGCCGAAGCACUCACCGAACUCCAUCAAGGCAAGACAUUGGCUGAUGUAUGUAGUCGUUAUGCUAUCCCACGGUCCACACUUUACUCAAGAGCCAGAGUAAUGGGGAUUGCACCAACCAUCGAACGGAAAGAGUAUUCGGCAGAGAACGUGGCAGCUGCCAUUCAAGCAGUUGCAGAGGGAGCCAGUCUGAAGCACGCUUCUGAAACGUGGGGAAUCCCCAAGACUGUUCUGUGGAGGAAGGUGCAAAGAGACGGCGGCAAAGCCUCUCUGAGGAGACGGAUGCGGAAAUAUACCCCUGCCGUGAUGGAUCUAGCUUGCAAUGCAUUAUUGAGUGGUCACAGUAUUACCAGAGUAGCCAAUCAGUUCAAGAUACCUACUUCAACUUUAUUCAGGGAAAAGCAAAGACUAGUGAAAGAGGGCAAACUACCAGCUCGUUCCAUUAAUACCAAAAAAACGCAUAGUCUAAUACAAAAAAUAAGACUAGAUCAAGCAGUAGCCGCUUGUCAAGAUGGUAAAAUGUCUCAAGCUCUAGCAUCUCAAACAUUCCAGGUUCCAAAAACAACGAUUUGGAGGCGAUUGCAAAGAUCGGCUGGUAAUAAUGGUAGUAGCAAACAAGAGAGAAGAAGGAGGAACCAAGUUGCAAUGCUGAAAGCAGAUUUUCUCGAUGGAAGCUCAGAUGAUGUUGCCACAGCAAUCACCUCGGACACAGGAGAGGAGUUCACCUUCAGUGAGGUAGUGCCCAUGACCUACCUGAAUGUAGGAGAGGGUGGUGAAGUGAAUGAACACUCAUUGAUAAUCCUGACCCCUUCAAAUGAAACAUUAGAUCUACAGCAGAAUGUCGUCGUGGAGGAAGAAAUCACGGAAAUUUCCGCAGAAGAUGCCCAAGCAGAGGAAGAUGAGCAAAACCAAGAUCAAGAAGCAACCGUCAUGGAUCACUCAAUUCUGGGAAUAGACUGCAGUUGAAGAACUCAGGUGCAGAAGGAAUCCCACGAGUGCCAACCCACCGCUACAGCAGAGUUAUGUAUUGAGAUUUAGGCUGCUACUCACAAUUAAAGUAAGCCACUCAUUAUUGUAGGAAACCUUACUGAAUGAUACUAUGCAGUAGCUUUGUUUUACCAAUUUCCAAAUUUGGUUUCGUAUCAACGAUAGUAGGUGUUUAACCCAGAAGGAACAGCAGUUAUUUUGUGUAGCUUCAAAAUUAUCUUUUUCGCCUUGGCCAUUGCAUUUCUGAUAAUGUUGCUAGUACACGUCCUUACGAAUGUAGUCUAAUUUGGAAAUUUUCAAUCAAAUGUUACUUGUAUAGCGUCAAGUGACCUUAUCAAGCUUUUAUGUGUAUUUUUUUCUGGACCUAAUGUUUUCUCCGGAACAGGUUUGCUGGCCUUCAAUGAAUUGUAUACUUAUUUUUAGCUGUGAGGCCUAGUUUUCGUUUUCUAGUCAAGAAAUGGAGCACAAGUAGGGCAAAACAGGAAGCAACUGAAAAUAAGCCGAUUAGCCAUUGGUUGAUGCAUGCUGUAUGUGAUCAGGUGUUGAUCAGUGCCCCUGUUGCUUCUUUGUGUAAGAUCUUAAAAUCUCAUUUUGUCCUCCUCCAAACUAGCCUGGAGCAGUGGAGCAGUGCAAAAUUAUCAAAUCACUGUUGGAUCAAGCAAGAGAAUAGCUUUUUGAGAUCUAACAUCUCUUUACUCAAAACUUCUAUACAUUCUUAAGGAAACGUUGUGAGAUAUGAUACAAUUUUUCCAAAAUCUCAUUAAAAAUGAUGAAUUCAGUUUGUUUGUUUGUCUAAACCAGCCAAUUGAUGAAGUAUCUAUUAAGAUAAUUAUAUUUCUUUCUAAUUUUUGUCUAUAUGGUCAGUGUUUCAUUUUUUUGUAUUUCAAUUGUUCUGUGAAGUUUUUUUACCAUCACAACUAGCUUCCUUGCAAAUUGUCUCUUUACCCCUAAAAAAUGGAAUCGAAUAAUUGUAACAUGCCGCUUAAGGAUGAGUUGUUUCGUUUCUUAAUAGUACCAAUAACAAUAAAGAUUUAUCACUGUCGCUGACCCACAGGCUCAACAGAGACAAAAACUCAAGACGAAAAUUUGCAGGCAGAGUGUUAUGAAGCACUUCUCUGUGCACCCCAGAAGUAAAAUGUGAGAAAUCAAUGUUUGCUUAUAUGAUGUCAUAGACGCAUAUCUUAUCCAUCGGCCAUUGGGUCAUUCCUAAAAAAAGGACAUCGCACCAAAAAAUUUGAAGCAGGCUAAAUUUAGGUAUUAUUCAAAACUAUGUUCCUCACAGCCUCCUGAGCACUAUGAGCUCUUAAAAUCAAGCUUGCCAUAGUUGCCAAUUUUGUGAAAAGCGGGCUUAAAAUGUGGAUUUUUUGGUAUUUUUACAUGCAACACUAUGCCCAGUCAUUUUUCUCUUUUUAUUCAUCUUGUCAAGCAUCUGUAUCAGAGAAAUAUCAUUCAGUCAAAACCUAGUACCUUUUUUUUGUGCGUUUCUGUGAUUUUACUUGUAUUAUGUAUAGUGUAAGUGUCUCUCUCUCUCUCAUUAAGAAUUUAAAACAGCAUCAUCAAUUUGCUGUAACCCCAUCAUUAUGGGAUGAAUAGGAUAAAUCAAUCAGCAUGCUAUGGAAAUCAUGGUAGAACUAAGACAUCAAAGAGAUAGGUUUCAUAUAGAGAGAAGUCUUUCAUCCUUGAAAGGUUUUGUAAACUUUUAACCAUCAACCCUUUUUGUUUUUUGUUUCCUUUGUUUUAGUGUAUUUUCCGAAGGAAAUACACUAUUUUUUAUUUUAGUUUUUACAAAUGCUCAUCUAAGAUUAUGUGUGUGAAUUGAAUAGAUUUUUUUUCAUGAGAUGUCCAUAAAUGACAUCUUCCUAAGAACAGCAUUUGAACCUUAACCUUUUGUCAUGUACCUGUCGUGCGGAUUUGAACUGGCCUGAAUAAUGGAACAGUGGCAAGGCGUUUUUGUAGAGUUGUAGUAUAGUUUUUCCCAAGUAGAAUUUUGUGAGAAAAUGAAGGAGUUCAUCGAAAAUUCGAAAAUUUAAUUUCUGAGAAGGAAAAAGCUAAUUGAAAACCAACCAAUCUAAAGGAGACUGCCGAAAUGACGCAGCAGGGCAAAGCCUGAAGCUAAGUUAGCUGAUCAGCAAAUGCCGUUUCCCCUGACUGGUUACAUCAUCAGAGCCUGCCAAAAUUUUCAUCAAGGUUUGGCAAAAUUUAAACCAAGGCAUCAGGAAAAAAACAUACGAGUUCGGAAUUUUACAAGCCUCAUUGUAAAAUGUUCUCAUGUGUUAUUUUGACAUAGGUUCACCAAACUUAUUUUUUCUUUUGAUUCUACCCAUAAGUUUCUCACUAAGCUUCAUUUUAUUUUUUGACUGUUGUACAAAUGAAGAAUAUUUUGUUCUUGUCAGGUGUUGAUUCUUAUUACCUGUAUAGUUACUAAGUAUUAAUUCUUCACAAAAAAUUUACCAUGUUUUGUAAUUUUUUUACUCGCGACUAUGAUUAAUGUUGUUGUAAAUAAAAUUUUUAUUUAUUGAUUUAAAUUUUGUGAAUAAAUAUGUUGCCUUGA